AAGUGUGCAACUUGUUUGUUGCGCACCGUUUCCGACGCUAGCAGUACCGACAGAUGCGUCGGGGGAGAAUUUUCGGAUCAGAGCUGCCGACGAAAAAUUUACCAGCUUUGUUGAUUAUUCAAGAAGGUCUGGACCUGGGGAAGGGGAAUCCCAGUUGACGAUGUGUGAAAGAGAGAGUAUAAGGGACCAGCUUGUCCCAUGCACACUCUCUGUCGAACUCAUCGAGUCUUCGAUCAAUCCCUCUCAGCUUUCUCGCUCCCUCGCACGCACUCACGUUGAUUUGCACUCUAGGCACGGGCUUGUAGGUGGUGGGACUCGGAUCCCCUCUCUCUCGCAAUUGGCCACUCUGACGGCGUUUCUUCUCGUUGCUCGCUUCACCCGAAUCGAACACUCGGGUGUUGGUGGAGCGGUCGAGAAUUCAUCGACUGGUUGUCCGUUGAAGGAGAUUGGUGUUGGAGUUUCCGCUGAUCACUGAUGCACUCACUGGUAGGUUAGGCACUGGGGUUUUGUUUUGGGCUCGCUUGGCGAGCUAGGCUUUGUGAAAAUUGCACCUUAGGCUAGGCACUUGAUCACGACGCACGUAGUGUUAGUACUGUUUUAUAAUCCGACUCUGGUUCUAGCUUUGUAGGAGCUCUCUUGCGGUUGGCAAUGGAUCACUUCUGUUAGUGACUGCUUCAGAGACUAUCUGCUGGCCUUCCCACGGGUUUAAGCUAGUCCUCUGGUAGAUGCAUGCUCGGGGCACUUCUGGGAUCAUGAAUAAUCCUAAGUUUGUUCUGUGUGUAUCGUUGCCUUGCACUCUGUUGGUGCAGGUUCUUCACUCAUGGUGUCCGAGAAGGUGCCAAGGGUCUUUGGCCAGUCCUCAUAGGAAUUUGUCAGCAGUCCUGUGCGUCGUUGAGUGAAUUGAAGUGUCCAGGUACCUAUAGAUUUUUACUUGCUGUGGUUAGCGGACUGUUCUAAUUUCAUUUUUUAGGUGUUUUAAUGGACGUCUUUUUUUAACUUCGUUUUGCACCUUACUGUCCAGUGAGGAACUUGUACAACACCGUCUGUAGUAGUCCCAGCACUCUGAGACCUUUGGCACUGUUGCAUAGUCGUGUCUUUUUUAUUUGUUUGUUUUCUUGUUUAGGUUUGGCUUGUUUUGUCUUGUUUUUCUUUUUUUCUGUUUUUUUGGGAAAUAUAUUAUUCGAGUGUUAGUGUUGAGUUGGUGAGUACGUCAUGGCUGUCAUGGGAUAUUCAAGGAAUUCAUCCCGCGAACGUGAAGGCCAAAGGACCUUUCAUGAGACUCAUGAUGGAAGUUCCUCCAGUGGGAGAGGUUCAGUUGCGGAUAGUUGCAGUGCAUGCGGCUCGUUAAGUACAGUUGGUUCCAACAAUUGUAGUUUUGAACAACAAUUUCAAAGGACCAUGUACAGUGCCUCCUCGCCGCAGUGUGUCGAGCAGGGUUUUUGUAGUACUCUGGGUCCAGUUUCAUCGCAGAUUCACGUAGGCCUUGCCGAGGCUUAUAUUGGUGAUCCAAUUCAGUGUAGUUUACCGCCUGGAUUGUCUGCUUAUAGAGCGAUAUCCUACGACCAUAGUCAGAUGAUUCUUUCCCAGCCACAAGAUUCAGUUAAUCGGAUUCCCCCGAGGAAACUGUGGAACCCGUCAGUACAUCUCGGUACACGAACUAAGAACCUGAAGGCGACGGUUCAGAAGAAGAAUGGACCGAAGUACAAAGGCGUUCGUCAGAGAAGAUGGGGGAAGUGGGUGGCAGAGAUCCGGAUACCUAGGCAGCGAACUCGUCGAUGGCUUGGGUCUUUUGACACCGCAGAAGAGGCAGCUCGAGCUUAUGAUGCUGCGAGUGUCAGUCUAAGAGGCGAGGGCACGCAUCGCAAUUUCCCUCGUGAGGAGAGUCACCAGAGGGUAUUAGGCAGUGGGGCGCAAUCAUCAGUUGAUGAUAGUGGUGUGUUUACACCUGCAUCACCAAACAGAAACUCAUUAGCCCUAGAUGAUACGGCUUUAGGGACUGCAUACCCAACAGUUUGUGAGGCGAAGAUUCAUGCGGGCGACAUAGGUCUCCCUCUAAUCGAGCCCAUAACUAAACAUGGUACGCAGGAACUGGAAGUCGAAUCUAGGGUUUUUGGGAAUGUUUGGUAUGCUGACCACUUCAGUUUUUUAGAAAGUGGCAGCAGUACAUCAAGCCCCUUCCGAAGUACCCCUGGGACUUCCUCUACGAGCGAGACGAGAUACGUUAGCUCGCCCGGCUCUGAUGCCACCGGCAUUUUACUCGAGGGGUGGUCGCCGGACUACCUCGACGACUUUCUUGGCGGUGUUCAAAGCUCAGCUCACGACAUUAGCUGGGAUUGGGAUGAAUUUCAAAUCCCGCCACCGGCUUCCCCCAAAUCCUUUCAAGAUCUGGACGUAGUUCCUGUGUCUGGUAUAUCGAGUAAUACCAGCAUUUGUUCAACAAACAGAUCUUCGGUGAGACUCUCGUCAUCGCGCGAGGUUUUAGUUUGGAAACCUUGUGGAGUGAACGAGGUGCUCCAGGGCUAACAGUUUUUUAGCCCCUUUCGUAGGAACUAUGGUAGUUCGAAGACUUGACUUUUUAAGGUUUGACAGUGAUCUUGACGAAUAUUUGAGUCUAAUCACUGACUGUAGGUAGUCGCAAAUGUGGGAAUCUCUUAGUCUUUUUUUUUCCUUCUUUUUUUUUUUUUUUGGUCGACGAUAGAGAUAACUCCCCUUAAUGCUCAAUGUUUUUAUUGAAGAGCAUUUUUAGUUCAAGUCAAGGUCUUCUGAGAGUCAUUAGUUGUUUCUUAGGUGGUGCGUACUAGUGGCCUUAAGCGUCGUUCUUGUUCGCUCAUGUAAGUUUUUUUUUUGUUUUUUUUGUUUUUUUGUUUUUUGCUUUGGUUUUGGUUGUGGAGUAGGUUUUUAGUACAGGGUAGUCAGCAGGAGAUAGCGGCAGAAGUACGUAGGAUAGGUGUCGACAUCCAUAUCCGCCUGGCAUGUGUGGGCUCUGUUUGGAGCUGUCAGGUGUUGUACAUAUACCAAGGUUCUCCUCUGGCUGCUGAUCGACGGAGUUCCCUGGCCAUGAACUGACGAUGCUGUGGUAGAAUCCUAUUGAGCCUUGGACGAGUGCAGAACGCGCAGCUAGAUGAUGACAGGGCUCAACAAGUUGUCGUCUGCGUGAAUCGACAGCUCCACAGUAUGACGGUGUUUGAAGGUUCAUCACCGCCGCGCAUGAAUUGAUCUAGACUUCUUCUUUUUUUUAAUAUAUUCUUGGUGCUGGUUUUCACUAUGCUUGCCGUGCACGGCUUGCAAGGGAGUAUCUUAGCAUCAUUGAUUUGGGUGCUGGUUUGGACAGUUGAUUUCAGGAGACUAAGAGCUACAGCAUUUGGCAAUAUAAAUAACUACUGCUGCUCUUGGAUAAUAUGUUUGCCGUUUUUAAUCCUUCGGGAAGAGGUACAGGCACUACUUUGACAUAUUUGCAGCAUAUUGGUCUAAAUAAUAAAGUACCAUGUUUCCUCAA